AUGGCAGAAAAUGCCACACAUCACCCCAUUUCCUCUUUCUUCCUGGUUGGUAUUCCUGGAUUGCAAGAGUUUCACAGCUGGAUUGGCAUUCCUGUCUGCCUGCUCUUGGCCCUGACCUUAUUGGGGAACACUAUGAUCAUUACUACUGUUACGCUAGAACCAAGCCUCCACCAGCCCAUGUAUUUCUUCCUUUGCAUGCUGGCCAUGAAUGACAUGGGCCUUGUCAUUUCCCCAGCUCUCAAGAUGCUUGCAAUCUUCUGGUUUGAUGCACACUGGAUUGAUUUUGAUGUCUGCCUAAUGCAAAUGUAUUUUAUCCACACGCUUUGCAUUAUUGAGUCAAGCAUCUUGGUUGCCAUGGCUUUUGAUCGCUAUGUAGCCAUUUGCAUCCCGCUGCAGUAUACAACUAUUCUGACAACAUCAAUGGUGAUUAAAAUUGGUCUUGUUGGUUUGGCCCGAGCUACGGUGAUGGUUUUACCAUGUCCUCUUCUCAUUAAGAGGCUGCCUUACUGUCUGAAAUAUGUCAUUGAUCAUACCUACUGUGAACACAUGGCUGUAGUAAAGCUAGCCAGUGCCAACACCCAUGUUAACAGAGUGUAUGGGAUGUUUGUGGCCCUUUCAGUCAUGACAUUGGACAUAGGACUGAUAGCCACAUCCUAUGUAAAAAUCCUGCAAGCUGUCUUCAGGCUGUCUUCUCAGAACUCCCGCUCAAAAGCUCUGGGCACCUGUGUAACUAUCAUGGCUACAUCAUAA